AUGGGGAAACGUGUUCAUUUAACUCUUGGUUGCUCUCAGUUGGAAUUGGAGCAGGCAAAUGGUGGAAUAUUUUUGUAUUGGCAUGGUCGCUUAAUCGAGGCUUAUAAGAGAGUUGGUGGCAUGAUUCAUAACGGAGAUUGGGGUCGAGGCGUGAUAGGUGUCAUUGAUGUUUCUGAUUUAAUGAAUGUAGGAAAUGGUCGUGUGGGGGUGCAUAAUACCAAGCAAUCUUUCCUCGAUUGUGAACCAUAUGCUCUGCUAGAGGUGUGGCUGGGACGAAAGUUAGAUGAAUAUUGGACUGAUAAUUUUGAAAAGCUGGAGUUGAAAAAAGGUGGUUCCCAGUACAAACCUGACCAUGAAUGGGUACAGUGUGACAAGUGCAGGAAGUGGAGGAUGUUGAGUUCAGGGUUUGACAUUAAAACAUUACCUGAAGAAUGGUUUUGUUAUAUGGAUCCUUUCCAUGGAUCAUGUGAAAUUCCAGAGCAAAAGCCUGAUUGUGGGGUGAUCACAGUGUCUGCAAAACGAACUAGACAGGAUAUAAAAGAUCUUGAAAAUGAUGCCGUGGUCGCUGCAGAUGGCAACAGUGAAGAUUCUAGUCUAACCGAGAAAAAUGACAAGCGAGGUGGUUUCAAGAGAACGAGGAAGGGACUACCUAGGACUUGUAAGAAGGGGACAUGUGUGGUACCGCAAGUUGUGUAUGAGCUGCAUGCCUUGUGUACUGCAGACACAAUUUUUCGAUGUUUAACCCCCAAAUCAACCUAUCCCUUCAUGGAUCGAAGAUCUGGGUGCGGAGAGUCUGCUCACCAAGAGAAAUGCAGGCAAUCUACUUCUCUUGAAUUGCAUGUCACUUUGAGAGUGUGGAGGGCGAUUCCUGCGAAAUCCUCAGCAGAGAGGAAUUUCAAAUUAGAGUCUCCAUUGCCUGGUGAAUGGCAACGAAAAAUUGCAACAAUGAUAAUAAUUGCCAUCGUGAAAUUGAAGUUUAUGCUUCAUUUAAAAGAGUUUCAAACUCCAUCAUUACUCUCUGCAGGUAUAGAUGCUUCAUUUCUGUCUGGUGUUACUCUUUGUCCAUGGAGGGAGGUAAGAAAGAUGGGAGUGCCAUUGCCUGCAAAUGGAUAUUUUGCAGCACUGAGAAUCAAAGGGAAGGAAUAUCUAAUUAGAUCCCGUAAAAUGCUUUUGUACCAUGGAAAUUUCCUCAUUGCACAUUGUUCGAAGAAUUGUACCAGCAUUGGCAUCCUUUCGACUUUGUGUAGAAUCGAUACUUCUUCCUAA